GAGUUUUGUUUGAAACGUAAUCAUAGUAUUAAAAAAUAUUCAAAGCAAAAACGAAACGCAUAUUUAUCGGGAAAAUAACAAAAUAAUACGUUUCAAUGUCACUGUCAUGGGUAAUUCAUUUGACAUGUCAUGUCAUAUCCACGUGCUGUGAUGAAAUGGAAAUAGUGAACGUCAGAAGAAUAAUGUGUUUUGAUAAUUAAAACUUUAAAAUAUUACAAUGCUUCGACGGCAGGCGCGUUUGCGCCGCGAAUACUUGUACAGGAAGUCUGCUGAAGACAAACAGAAAAGUAUACAGGCGAAAAAAGAUCAGCUGAAACGUAGUUUGGAAGAAAACAUUCCUAUCCAUGGUGAUUUGAGGAAAGAAGCCAUCGCCUUGCAGAAAAGAAUAGAGUUUGAGGACAAAGGUCCAGAGCGUGCGGCCGUGAUUGGUGGCAUCAGCGGUGGCACCAACACCCUCAACUCUCAGGAUGAUGAGUACAGAUACGCUGGGGUCGACGAUCCUAAGAUCAUGAUCACAACGUCCCGAGAGCCAAGUGCUAGGCUCAAGAUGUUUGUCAAAGAGUUAAGACUGAUAUUCCCAAACAGUCAGAGGAUGAACCGAGGUGGUUACGAGAUGUCUCAACUGAUACACGCGUGCAAAGCCAAUGAGGUCACUGACUUUAUUGUGGUCCAUGAGCACAGGGGUGUGCCUGAUAGUCUGGUGAUAUGUCAUUUGCCGCACGGCCCCACAGCGUCGUUCACUAUGUCCGGGGUCGUGAUGAGACAUGACAUCCCGGACAUUGCACCAAUGAGUGAGCAAUACCCACAUUUGAUCUUCCACAACUUUAAAUCAGAUCUUGGACUAAGAACUAAAAGUAUUCUAAGAUAUCUUUUCCCGGUGCCGAAGCCAGAUUCGAAGAGAGUCAUCACGUUCGCUAAUCACGACGACUAUAUAUGCUUCAGGCAACACACAUAUAGAAAGGCAGGUAAAGGCAUAGAGCUCUCGGAGAUAGGUCCUAGGUUCCAAAUGAAGCUGUACGAGAUAAAGCUGGGCACUCUCGACUCGUUAUCUGCGGCGGACACUGAAUGGGCGCUCAGGCCGUACAUGAACACCGCGGCCAAGAGGAGAUUCCUUAGCGAUGAGGACGGCUGGCAGGAGAAUGAGGAAUAAACAUUAUUUUUAUA